AGAUAAAGGAGAGACUUAUACGCGUAAGACGAAGACGCGCAGAGAAGAAAGAGAGAGGUGAGCUAUAGGGAAAAGAGAUAAAACACAUAUAUUAGAAAUAUUCUCUUUGAGCCAUCAUGGGUUUUGGUUUUUUCUCUUAGAAAUCAAACAGACAAAGGCAACAAAAACCAGACCAUCAUCGCCAUCUCUCUCUCCUCUACUGUCUUAUAUUUUUGUGAGGGUUUUUGUAAUUUACAGUACCUCUCAACAACACACUUGACUUGGGUUUUGGCAGAAUCGGAGUGUGUCUUCAGAAAAACCUUUGUUUUCUUUUUGUUGCUUUUCCAAAGCUAGUCUUUUGUGGUGACUAGACAACAAGAGGUCACAGUUUUGAGCUGAAUCCCAGAGAGAGAGAGGGAUAUGCAAAUGAUGUCCGGUGAUGGGUUUUCGAUUAUCCCUUCUGCCAUUGAUGGGUUUGCUCAAGAACAUCAGCUGAAUGCAAACCCUAGCAGCCAGAAACCCAAUCCCAAUAACCCUGUGGCCAAGAAGAAGAGAAAUCUACCAGGAACACCAGAUCCAGAUGCUGAGGUUGUUGCUUUGUCUCCGACGACCCUAAUGGCCACAAACCGAUUCGUCUGCGAGAUAUGCAACAAGGGCUUCCAGAGAGACCAGAAUUUACAGCUUCAUCGGAGGGGCCACAACCUUCCAUGGAAACUGAAGCAAAGAUUGAACAAAGAGGUGAAGAAGAAGGUGUAUAUUUGCCCUGAGAAGAGCUGCGUCCACCACGACCCGUCGAGAGCUCUCGGCGACCUCACCGGAAUAAAGAAGCAUUUCAGCAGAAAACACGGUGAGAAGAAGUGGAAGUGCGACAAGUGUUCGAAGAAAUACGCAGUCCAAUCUGAUUGGAAAGCUCACUCCAAGACCUGUGGGACGAGGGAGUAUAAGUGUGACUGUGGAACCCUCUUUUCCAGGAAGGAUAGCUUCAUCACCCACAGAGCUUUUUGUGAUGCCCUAACUGAAGAGAGUGCUAGGCUCACUACUUCAGUUGCUGGAGCUGCAACCAAUCUCAAUUUCGGAAACGAAACAAUGUUAAACAACACCGUGAUGCAUAAUGGUCAUGCAGUUCAAGAUGAUGUGUCUCAAAUUUCUCAGUAUGGCCAAGGUUUGAUCAGGCAAGAUUUCAAUGGAGUGGAUCAUCAUCAUCAGCAGCAUGAGAAGCCAAGCUUGUCACUUUGGCUGAAUCAGCAGCAGGCAAAUAGUAAUUCUCAUCAGCUGAAUCUCAUGGACAAUAUGGCAGCAAAUCCCAAUCACCUUUAUGUAACAUCAUCAAGCUCCACUGCUUUUCCAGAUAUGGCUCAAAUGCCAUCAGCCAACAAUCUCAAUCAGCUCUUUGGCUCGCCAAACGGUAUGUCUACUUUUGGAAGCUCAAACAUCAAUCUUUUUGGCUCAGGCAGUGCUUCAAGUUCUACUUCCACAAGUGCUGCAAAUAAUCUCUCCCUAUCAUCACCAAUUCAAGAAGGUGGGAUUCAUAAGGGAAACAGUAAUCUGGUAGGCAGCGGGGGCUUAUCAAAGCCGCCUGCAGCCCCAAUGUCUGCCACAGCACUUCUGCAAAAAGCAGCACAAUUGGGUUCAACCAGAAGCAGCAACAACAACAACAACAACCAAGGCAGCAGCAGCAGCAGCAGCUUGGGUGUAAACGUAAUGAGCUCAUCACCAUCUUCUUCAAACACUUUGAUCAGGAGCUUCAGCUCCAAUAUGAACCAAAAUCGAUCAAACGAGCUGCACCAAAUUGUUCAAAAUGCAAACCAAUCAGGCGGUGGUGGUGCAAACUCAAACACAAGUUCUACUCUUGAGCAGCUCAUGAACAACAUCACUCAUCGGGGUUCGAGCACAAUUGGAAAUCUUGAUCAUCAAAACAGUCUAACCAGAGACUUCUUGGGCAUGGGAGGAGGAGGAGGAGCAGCAGAUCAAUUAUCUCAUAACAACAGGCCAAUGUUCUCACCACAAGAGCUUGCCAAGUUUGCAUCUUCAAUGAGCCAAUUCACUGGCAACCACUAGGGGAGGAUUAAUGUUUUUGACACGUUCAAGCAAACUCAGACUGAGUCGGGACCGAGUGGAAAAGUUUGAAACUCAGCUGGGGACCUCAAGGGGAUGGAUGGAUCAAUAAUAAGAGAGAGAGUUGGGGCUGCCUCUAUCUCUGGAUGCAACAGGCAAAUUGUGGUCACAAAGCUACAGCUACAGCUAGAGAGAUCAUAUUGAGUUUCUGGGUUCUGGGGUGGGGCCCAAUUAAUGUUCAUAUUUUUGCAUGUCUGAAAGUGACAAAACGAAAAGCAAACUCCAAGUCAUUAUGUUUUUGUGUAUGUUUGUUAUUCUUGCCUUUUUUAGGUUUGCCUUUUGAGAGA